GAAUUAUAGUGUUAUUCACUUGACGGUUCUCGCACAACCCAAACUCUCUUUCCUCUCUUUUUCUCUCUAGAAGCAGCACCAGUUCAUCCAUUCUUUCUCUCUCCAAAGUGCCAAACUCUCCCACUUUCGCACAUCUUCCUCCACAUUCCACAAAAAAGCAAACACAACCACCGCAUCCAUGGCAGAGGUCACGAAGCAGCAGCACCUCCCCAUCAAGGGCGGAACUCUGAUCUCGGACGUCAACAGUCUCUUCUCUAUCCUCAACACCAGAAACACCGUGGCUUUUGCAUAUGGCAUCAUGUUUGCUUUCAUCGCCUUGACUGUUUUCAUGACCUUCAAUCCCUCCGCGAACUACACUUCUCCAUAUUUUGCAAGCAUUAUCACUACUUCAAAUUCUACUACUUCCACUUCUGGUUCGAGCAAUUCACUUUUCUCCUUCUUCUUCCCCAAUGGUACUUCUUCAUCUCCGCCGCAGCAAGAUCGAACCGUUUUUUCUCCUCCGCCGCAAACAGAGCUGUCUAGAUCUGCUAACACCACCGCCGCCCCCGCAGCAUCUGCCACUGUGAAUAAACAACCCACUAUUUUGAACCCGAAUCAGACCUCAAACGUCCAGCCAAUACCUCUAGUCACACCCAAGAAUAGUACUACUUCACCUGAACCGACAACCCGUUUGAAAAACCAGACCGACAACACUCACAAUUCUGAGAAUGCCACAGUUUUUACAGCCAAUCAGACCGGAACCACCGCCCCAAAAACCCCGGUGGCGGCCGGGAAUGGAAGCGCCGAUCCGGCACCGAAUUCGAUUUCCGCGAACAAGAGUGUUGCAGAGAAGGGUGUAGAGAAGAAUUUAACUGCUCCCCUGUUGAAAAAACAGAGCAAUGAAACGAAUUCCGGCGUGCCGGCGGAGCAGGGGAAGCAGGGGAGUGAUGAUUUGGUGAAGUCUUUGAUGAAUUGUGAUAUGCUACAUGGAGAGUGGGUGAAGGACGAUUCGUAUCCGCUAUACAAACCUGGGUCUUGUCCUCUGAUCGAUGAACAGUUCAAUUGUAUUCUCAAUGGCAGACCUGAUAAGGAUUACCAAAAAUUCAAAUGGAAGCCCAAGGAUUGCACUUUACCAAGGUUGGAUGGAAGUCAUAUGUUGGAGUUGUUGAGAGGAAAGCGCCUGGUAUUCGUUGGUGAUUCUCUGAAUAGGAAUAUGUGGGAGUCUCUGGUUUGCAUCCUUAGAAACUCGGUGAAAGAUAAGAGCAAGGUUUUUGAAGCCAAUGGGAGAACCCAUUUUCGUGGGGAAGCUUCGUAUUCCUUCAUAUUCAAAGACUAUAACUGCACGGUGGAGUUCUUCGUGUCUCCCUUCUUAGUUCGAGAAUGGGAAAUGCCGGAGAAAGAUGGAUCAAAGAGAGAAACACUUCGUCUUGACUUAGUAGGGAGAUCUUCCGAUCUAUAUAAAGAUGCUGAUAUCGUCAUCUUCAACACCGGACACUGGUGGACUCAUGAGAAAACAUCCAAAGGGAAAGACUAUUACCAAGAAGGUAGCCAUGUCUAUGGUGAAUUGAAUGUUCUUGAGGCGUUUCGGAAAGCUUUAACUACGUGGGCAAGAUGGGUUGAUGCCAAGGUUGAUCCGAAGAAAAGUAUUGUCUUCUUUCGGGGCUAUUCUGCUUCCCAUUUCAGUGGUGGGCAGUGGAAUUCUGGUGGCCAAUGCGACAGUGAGACAGUUCCCAUCUUCAAUGAGGAGUAUCUGAGACCGUACCCGCCCAAGAUGCUGGUACUGGAGAAGGUGUUGAGAAACAUGAAAAGCCAUGUCACAUAUCUCAAUAUCACAAGAAUGACAGAUUUCCGGAAGGAUGGUCACCCGUCAAUCUACCGGAAGCAAAAACUGUCCAAGGAAGAAAGGACAUCACCUAAGAGCUUCCAGGACUGCAGCCAUUGGUGCCUUCCUGGUGUUCCUGACGCAUGGAAUGAGGUUCUCUACGCCGAGCUACUAGUAAAGCUGUACCAAAAUAAGCAGCAGCAACUGCAACAGCAGAAGAAGAGAGCAUAGGUAAAAUGUCACACUAAACUUAAAGGGCCACAUUCAUUCAUACUCAAACAUUGAGUGAUCUAAAUCACAGUGAGCAGUAUACUCUCUUUUUUCCUGCCCUUUUUUCAACAUUAUCGAUGUAAAGCAUCGAAGCAAAGAUCCGACGAAGAGUAACUUAUUCUACAAGUUAUGUGAUCAAAAUGCAUAAACUUAUUUGUUUAUAUGAAUGAAGAGAGCAAGGGGAAGAGUGAAAAGAGCGUAGGGAGUUAUUUUAGCCAGUGAUGCAAUUUUCACUUGUAAAUUUCUUUCUUAUUAGCCCAAAAAAUCACAGGCUUGUAGAAUUGUAAAUUUCUAUCCUCUAUUAAUUAUUUAAUUUGUUUAGUUUCUGUUAA